UUACAGUGUGGGUUUAUAAAACAGCAGACGAGGGGGAGUGUCCCUACAAAGAGGGAGCAGGGAGGAGAAACGUCAGACAAGGAUAGGGAGAGUGACUGAGAGGAUAGAGAGCGUCUGAGAGAGAGGGUCCGCAUGCAGGACAGAGUGAUAAAACAGCAGGCAGACGCUGGAGAUAUUUUUUUUUUUACUUCCACCACAACUGCUACAGCAGAAGAGAUGCUUAUGUGAGGAGAGCAAGUGAUUGUGCAUAGUAAGCAGAAGUGGUCUUCAUUUCUAUAGAUAAAAGAAGGAAUUGAUGAGUUGCUGCAUCUUAGAGUGUCCUGUCAUGGAUGACUCUAGGGAACCUACUGAAUAGAUCUCAGCGCUGCAUCAUGGUUCAGCAAAGAACCCACAAAUACUUGUCAGUCAUGGACAGCAAUUCUACCAGAGAGGUGUUUGUGGGACUGGCCGCAGAAGACGAUGCUGAGGUGUUUGGAGAAGUACCUUCUAACAAAGAUCCCAACUGGUGCAAAACUCCAACUGGGCACAUCAAAAGACCAAUGAACGCUUUUAUGGUCUGGUCCCAGAUUGAGAGACGGAAGAUUAUGGAACAGUGGCCUGACAUGCACAAUGCUGAGAUUUCAAAGCGCCUCGGAAAGCGCUGGAAACUACUGCCCGAUUAUGAGAAGAUACCCUUCAUCAAAGAGGCCGAAAGAUUGCGCCUAAAGCACAUGGCUGACUAUCCUGACUACAAGUACCGGCCCAGGAAAAAGAGCAAGUGCUCUACCCCUGUGAAACUUGGCGAGAAGUUGCCUAUGAAAUCCAGCAAGCCCCAUUCAGGAAGAUCUAGUGGGCUCUCCUGCAAAGGGCUAAAGAUCAAACCUGCUUCUACCAAGCAUAAAAUGAACUUCAAUGGCAAUAAAUACAAGAGCUACAGCGAGAGCAUGAGUGAUGACGACACGAUGGAUGUAAACUUAGAAAGUCCAGUGACUCUGCAAGACGAUCACAACCCGUCAAGUCACUUUGUUCUUCACCAGCAGGCCACCGUUCCCUCUGAGGACCAGCAACCAGUUCCUGAGCUCAGAGUGAAAGUGCCCAUCUCUCAAACCAGCAGCAUCCAGAGUCUCUCCUCAGACAGUGAGUGCCAGGCUCCCCCGGAUUCCACGAUGAGCGAGCCACAAGGGUCGACAUCUGGAAGAUCCUCCACACCGACCUCAACCAGCUCCUCCUCUUUGGUGUCAUCAGCCUGUUCAGAUGAGGAACUGGACGAGGAACUCUUGCAUAUCAUUUCUAAUAGUAUGCCUAUGGACUGUUCUGCUCUGGACAAGGACUUUGAAGCAUUUCAUGCCAACUCAGGAUCCCAUUUUGACUUCCCAGAUUACUGCACUCCAGAGGUGAAUGAAAUGAUUUCUGGGGACUUGCUUGUGCCCAGUAUCUCAGACCUAGUGUUCACCUACUGAAGUUGAGCCCUUUGUAAUGUGGUCAUGCCUGCAUAGCUGCCAAUUCUAAAAUAUUUUGUCCAUAUUGUACUUGGACAAUUCCUUUUUCCAUGUGUUUAUUUUUCUCAAUGAAUCCCGUAAGUGCUAUUGCUUUACUUUCCAAGCAUGUCACAUCUUGUUGGUUUAGCUAACAGACACACAGGGCUUUGCAGAGCUGUUCAAGAGAGUAAGACAUUCAGAUCUUGUUCAACACUUCAGCGGAAGCUUGGUGUAUUU